UAUACAGUCAAAAAAUAAGCAACACCUUUACCAGCUGCAACAUGCAACAGUGAUCUACAUAUUGAUGCAUCAAUGAUUGUAAUUCAAUAAUUGACAUUAUUCUGAAAUGGCCCAUUCUACAUAAUGAGUAUAUAAGUAUAUUUUGUUAUUUUACAGUUUUUUAAUGCAGGACUUGUAAAAGAGUAUUUCCACACUGCUGCAUUGCUACUUUUACUUAAGUAAAAGAUCUGAGUACUUCUCCCACUACUGCCAGUCUGAUAGUGGAGCUUGUAAAUUCCUACAUCUCCUGAAGGCAGCAUCGUCGCAGAGGAGCGCAACGCCGCUCUGCGCUCUGAUUGGACGUUAGCGGCGGUGGGCGGGUCCGCCUGCGGAGUGCGGAGACAAUAGACAGCGGCUCCAGGGAUGAUCAGUAGCCGGGAGAGAGUGACGGACAGCGGCGGCGCAGACGGCCGAGGAUUCAGCUUCACUUCGGAACCGUGAAGAAGAAAAAGAAACAACUCAAGGAUCUGCGACAUUUCCUCUCUUAGCUAAACAGUCAAGUGUUGUCUGGAUGGAUUGACAGAUAUUGCAUGCUGCACAUUUUGAAAAGGAACAUCCACCUCCAGACCAGCCCUCGGCCCGUCCCUCCACAACAAUGAACUCCUCGCCCCAUGGCUCCCGCGCCUCUAUCGACAUCCUGGAGGAACUCCAGCUGAUUGCUGCACAGAACCUGGAAAAACUGGACAUCAACAAAUACUAUGAAGUUGUCUGUGAACUGGGAAAGGGUACCUAUGGGAAAGUGGACCUGGUCAUCCACAAAAUCAGAGGCACAAAAAUGGCCCUGAAGUUUCUGAGGAAGAAGACCACCAAGCUGAAGAGCUUCCUGAGAGAGUACAGCAUCUCCCUCUACCUGUCGCCCUGCCCGUUCAUCAUCAACAUGUAUGGCAUCGCCUUCGAAACAGACGAGUACUACAUCUUUGCUCAGGAGUACGCUCUGGCAGGAGACCUGUUUGACAUCAUCCCACCACAGGUGGGACUCCCUGAAACUUUGGCCAAGCGCUGUGUCCACCAGGUGGCCAUCGCCCUGGACUACCUGCACUGCAAAAAGCUGGUCCACAGAGACAUCAAACCCGAGAACAUCCUUAUUUUUGACAAAGAGUGCCGGAAGGUCAAGCUGUCAGACUUCGGCAUGACGCGGCGCGCCGGCUCUCCAGUGAAGCGCGUGAGCGGCACGAUCCCGUACACGGCGCCCGAGCUAUGCGACACCUCGCGGCACGAGGGCUUCUGCGUGGACUACAGCACGGACGUGUGGGCAUUCGGCGUCCUGCUCUUCUGCAUGCUGACUGGAAACUUCCCCUGGGAGAAGGCCAUGCCUAACGACACCUUCUACGAGGAGUUUGUCCGCUGGCAGCGCCGCCGGACGGGCACAGUGCCAUCACAGUGGCGCCGCUUCACUAAUGAAGCUCUACGAAUGUUUCGUAGGCUCCUCUCCAUCGAGCAGGAUCGGCGCUGCUCCGUCAAAGAAGUCUUCAGCUAUUUCAACCAGUGCUGGAUGUUGGACACGGAGAACGGGAACAGCAGCAGCAGCAGCAGCGGGGGCUUAGCGAGCAGCGCUCCUCCUCUGGACAUCAGCUCGUCCUCGUCUGAAGAGGACGUAUUAGUGGACAGACUGAAGCAGCAGAGCCUGUCGCCUGCUUGUGUUGUGGCGAAGGGGAGCAUCAUGAUGGACACCCACUACUCCUCCAUGUCCACGAACAGCUCGCCGUCCUCCACCGGCAGCUACGAGCGGGUCAACAGAGAAAACAACGAAAGAGGACGCGUCCUAGUGGCCACGCCCAUCGAGAUCUGUGUGUAGAGGCAGCUAACGUUGCGUUACCGACUGCCUGCCCGCACAUGUGAGGCUGGUGUGAGCUGAAGAGGAAGAUUUCUCCGAGUAUGAGGAAGAGGAGGAAAGAGUGGCGACUGGUGUUGGAAACUAUCUCUGUGGAUUUACUCAUUUCUCAUGAAGACGAACUCUGAGGAAAUGAGCAGUGAGACAAUCACAAGCCGUAGCCUCCUCUGUGUGGUUUAUACUUCAGUUACUGAAAUAGUACAUGAACUCACUGGACAACCUGUACAGAAAAAAAAGCUGAAGCGGAAAUAAAAAACAAACAAAAACAUUCAUAAUCCACAAGCAAUAUGUUCAAAUGUUUGGAAUAAUCCAGUCACUGCAAAAAUAAUCUGUGAGGAAAAAGAUGUGAUUGGCUUUCAGUAAGAUGAUUUGUGACUGAUGGUACUAUUGUGUGUUUAUUGUAGUGUGCCAUAUUCAUGUAGAAAUGUAGAAAUGUUUUCCAGUGAAGUGUUGGGUUUUUUUUUGUUUGUUUGUUUUUUUUUGGUAUAUUUUAUUUUUUAAAUUUUGAGUUAAAUUAUUUAUAUAUGUCAGAUGCAUAUAUUUAUUUGUUUUAUCAAGUGGCACCUGAGAUCUGAAGCCUGUUUUUUUAAUUUUGUCUCUGAGAAAUAAAAAUUUAAUAGAAAUUAGAAUUACUGUAGAAGCAGGGGAUUUUGGCUUUCAUAGACCUACACUUUUCUUUAAAUAUUCGUCAUCAUAUUGUCGUGAUCUGCUAUAAAAGUAGAUGUACCUAGACUGUUUUUCUCACCCAAAAUGUCCUUUCAUGUUUGCCUGUGAUGCCUAAACCCACUUGUACAGUAGCAAUCAAUAAUAUGAGCGGCUGAAAACGCACCUCAUGGUCAGCACAAAGUGUUAAUUGGGGUUAUUACUCUUCUAGGCAGUCCUCCCAUUAAACUGCAGUAAACUGGGACGAUAACUGAAUUUCCUUUUAAGGUACAAAUGUAUCACGUAUAAUAACAAUAAAUAGGAGAAAAUCAUACAAAAGUAUCAUGAAUAAUUCUCAUUUUUCUACUUGCAUGGUUAAUAAAGAAAAUGGAAAUUGUACCUUUCAUUGAGUUAACAUAAUUAUCUAACAAGUGAUAUAUUUGGACUUUUUCUUCUGAAAAAUAGGCAAGAUCCAGGAAAUACCCUUAACAUUAAAUAUGCUGACUGAAUUGUCUUGAAGAAUAAAAUUCAGUAUUUGUGGAUACCACCUACCCGCUUAACUUUUUAUUCCAGUUUUUUGAUGUAUAAUUCAUUAGAAAUUUAAACCCUGAAAAUGUGAGACUGGAUGGACGAAUGUAGAAAACACAAAAAAGUAUUUUUUGAGGAUUAAAAUGUUUCAGAAAUCGCUCUCUCUUUUCUGUUUUUCAGAAGUAUUGCAUGAAGUGAUAUUACUGUGGUGAACAUUUGUUGAAAUAAACACCCCGAGAAUUAAAA